AGUUGAAUUUAGCCUCUUUUGUGUUGUGAAGUAUAUAUGUGUUCUAUUUUUAAUGUUCUUGUUUAUUAGUAUAGUUAUCAUAGGUAAGGACUCGUGGGUUCUGUUAAAGUAGCAGUUGGCUAAUUAAAGUUUACAAAUUAGAUAAAUAAAAUAUUGUGCAAUUUGACGUCAAAGCUACAAAGAAACUUGAUCCAAAGAGAGCAUAAAACAUGCAAAUGCUUAUUACUCAGGCAAUCAAUACUCAGGCGUGGCAAUACAUACAAUAGAGUCAUUAGAAAGAGGUAGUUAACGAUGUUAUAGAAUUUUUGAAAAAGAAUUGCAUGGUCUACACCACAACAAGCAUUUGCUUAACACACUUCGCUUCACUGCACGGUUCAAAGAAUCUUCGAGAAAUUCAAUUGUUUAUUGCGAAGCCUGUUGGUAUUACGACGAGUGAAUGGACUACCUGUUGCUGGUGAAAUAGUACUGCAUGCUGAGAAACUGUAGAUAGCCCCACUUCAUCAGUGUUAAUAGACAACAGCUUGGCUCAGCAACUGAGUGCUAAUAAACAAAAACAGACCGAUGGAAAACAGGACAAAGGAACUAACUAGAGCUCAUGGUGUACACACGGCUCUGAAAGUCAAAGAUAGUAGAACUGGAAAGGUGAUUUUAAAAGACAACGUUUUCGAAGACUCCAAACUGGAGUGUGAAAUUAAUCACCUGAAACUCUGGCAGAAGAAAGAAGAAAGUCGGCUGCGAUGGGAGAAGGAACAUGCUAUCAGAGACAUGAGAAAACAUUUACUGCGGAGAGUUGAAUCUAAUCCUGAAAUAUUAAACUUGCCUCGAAUUGAAGGAGGAGGAUUAAGACAAAAUCUAAGAGCGACUAGACAUGACAAGAAACGUUUCAUUAGCAUAAGUGAUUCUUUAGACUCCUCUCCAGAACAAAGCCCUCACAACUCACUGGAAGAUGUGCGUCUACCAAGAGUUGUAUCAGCUUCACUACCUAGCGACGUUUACCACAUGUCAGAGACAACUACAUUGCCUGCUUUGUUAUCGCCUUGUUUGAUAAGGAAGUCUAAAGUUGAAGAUUCUACAAACGAUCCCAGAUUCAAAAAGCUUUUGCAGAACUUGGUUCCGAAGCCUUCAGUGAAGAAGGCAAUGUCUAAUGACUUAUAACUCGAAGAUAACUCGAAUGGUUAAGAGGCUAUGUGAAUUUUGCCUGAUCUGUAUGACUAAUGAACUGUGACAAUAAAGAGACAUUCAGAAAAAUCGGACUGAAACACAAUUCGUUUCAGGUGCAAAUGGUUAAACUUUAAUUCUGUAGAAUAAGCUGCACAGAGAGCGGUAUUUAGCGGUGAUAGAAUAAUGCUAAGAACAUGUAUUCGUUCUUGAAGUGAUUCUGUUGAUUGGAUACUAAUUACCUCAACUUAGCAUUUUGAGAAUGGAUCAGUUGUAAGAGCAACAAGUUGAAAAGAAUAAAUAAGUAGGUAAUAAAUAAGUGUCAAAGUUAUUUACCGUAAAAUCCGAAAGUAACGACCCUCGUUACUUUCAGAAUUAGCAGACUUUGGGGCUCGCUACUUUAAGGGGGUCGUUACUUUCGGAGAGCAAAAUAGUUGCGUAAAGCUGGUGUAACUCAGCUCUUUUAUCAAAUUAAAAAGGGAAAUUCCUAAAAAGAGUUCCAAAACAUGAGAUGAAACUCUUUGUUUCAGUUUAAAUUUAUGUUGAUGCCACAUGGGUGAGCUCUUCUGUAUAUACUGUGUUGUCAAUGGUCGGCAGGAAAGCUAGUCAGAAGUCACAGAAGACGUAAACUGUUUCUACUUCAUGAAGCACAGCUGCUCCUCUGCCCGGUUUUUAGUUUUUUUUUUAAAUAUUAUUAUCCAAUAACUACGUACUUGAUAUAGUAAUUUUAUUAACAACAAUUACUAAUAAUUUUUUCUCUUUCUUUUUAUUUAUGUAUUGUUACCACUAGUUUUAUCGUUUGUUGUUAAACCUGUUUUAGGUAUUUUAAUGUAAGUAAUUAUGUAGCUUUUUUCCUCUACGGUUAUU